AUGAUGCCAGCCAUGCUUCCGAUGCCACUCAGACGGAGAUGUUGGCAAAGCGGCCCCGCUUUGCUUCUCCUCUUGGUGGUUGCAGGGCUCAGUUGGCCCGUGCCACCAGGGUUCGUGGGAGCUUCGGGUGUCGGCGUGCAGAGAAGCGGGACAGCAUUGCCGCGCUUUGCGUCUUUGACGUGGAACUGGUCGGACAAGCUGGGAGAAGGCACUUUCAAGGAGGCCUAUAUGGGAGUUGUUGAAGGCGAGGGCGACUGGAACGGGUUUGAGCCAGGCCAAAAGUUGGUUUUAAAGUUCAUCAAGCCGGAGAGGUACAACGCCGGUAUUCGCAUCACACCUGCUGACAUUGCAUCUCAGAAGCUUGCGCAGACGUAUGCCGAGAAGUUCGUACAAGAGCACAGACCCAACCGAGGAGGGGAGCGCAUGGACGUUUUCUUCCGUGUUGGCAAGCUCGUCACGAGCAGCAGGGAGCAGUUCCAGUCCAAGAGGCGGAUGAUCUCGAAGAACGAGAGCAUGCUGGUCGAGUUGCCUCUCUAUGGCAAGUUCGAGAAGUUCAACUCCAACACAGGGUGGUCAUCAGGGGUUGGGCUGUUGCCAGAUGCCUUCAGCCACUGGACAUGGGUCGUCAGCAAUGGUGAGCAUUUGGUUUGUGAUUUGCAAGGCCACCGGGGCUUUCCAGACGGUGUGCUGCUUGGUGGCAAGAGACUGAGACGUCACUACUACGCCUUUUCCGACCCCGCAAUACUCAGCCGUGCCGGCACUUACGGGGAUGCAGACCUCGGCCUACAAGGUCAAGCACGAUGGUUUCGAAACCACGUAUGCAAUGGCUUUUGCAGAUCCCUAGGCUUGGAGGGCAAAGUGCCAAAGCCGCAGGGGAGCCAAAAGCCUUGCCAGAGUCAUACGGUGUACAAGCCAGCCCAUCCGGGCCCAUGA